AUGUCACACUUCGACUAUGAACCUCGUACAAUGAAGGAUGUGGAAUCCAAUGUUUCAGAAACAGUGUACAUUUCACUAGGAUUUGACGCAGGAAGUCCAUCUUUGAUUAUUAUCAUAGCUUUCAUAUUAUCCUGUGGUGCCCUGUUCAAUAUCUACACUGGUUACGCCCUCAUUUACACUCCAAUCUCCUCCAAGUUGACCAAAUUACUCUUGUACAAUCAGGUCACUGUCGACUGCCUAUUCUGUAUUAUGGUGAUUGUCACCAUCGUAACAAACAAUUUCAAACCCCGGUCUCCACAAGAACCGAUCAAGUCGCUCGUGUGUUACAUUCUUCAGAGUGGAUACCUCAUCCAAGUGAUUCGUCUGAUGAUUGUCUUAAACGUGGUAUGUUUCUCAGCCGAUCGAUUUUGGGCGAUUAUGUACCGGAAAACCUAUCGACUACAUGCAAACCUAUACAUCACAAUUUGCUACACCAUCGUCCCGAUCUAUUCUCUGUUGUGUGCAAUGGGAAGUUUCGCCGGAGUGGUUUCUAGUAAAGGAUCUUGCUUGAAUCAAAUAACUUGGGCAGAUUGGUUCAUCCUGAAAACAAUUAACGGUUUGCUACGUUACGCUGUUCCAAUGUUCGCUCUGGUCGUACUGAAUAUGCUGAUUAUUCGUAAACUAUACCGGUUGGAAAUCAUCUCUUUCGAGAAGUGUCGAAUCAGGUUUCACACUCGAAUAACCGUGUCGAAUGACCAGCUGUUGAGUAGCGAUGUAAUCAACACAGUGACACUGGUACAUAGGGACAUUUUUUUAAAUGUUAUCGGUCUGACAAUCGAAUCGACGAUUUUUGAAACUCUGGCCAUCGUGAUCACAUGUCUGUAUGAGUGGAACAGGGAGUCGUGGGGUAUCGGGUCGUACGCGCACUUGUUUGGACUGUUUUUUCUCGGUGUUUCAUCCGGUUUGCAUCCAUUUUUGGAAAUAUUUUCUGUGAAAGAAUUGAAAAUAACGGUUUCUAAUCACUAUCGUAGUUUGUGUUUCAGCUGA